UUUCGAUUUACAAACGUGUAGGCUAAUGGCUUCUAGUUCAGGUUUGGGAAAGGUGAGCACUUUCUACACAUGUGCGAGACAGUCUCCGACAGUGUGCUCAGAGUGUGUGUGACCGCCUUUCUCUUACACUGGCUCUGCAAGGACUGAUGCAGAUGUGCUUGCUGUUGGAUAUUCGUUGUUGGGAAUAGAAGUGCAACGUAAAGAUCCUCCUGACAAGAAUAAAAUGGCUGGUGUUAAAAGAGGGCGGCAUAGUCCACCUAUUGAGCGGCCUAAUAUGGCAGAGGAUGUCAACAUGUUAUCAAAGCUAAAUGUGGUUCUUUGUGGGACUGACAAAACAUUAAAAUCCUUCAUAUCAAACCUCAUCCUGAACCAGACAGACAAACGUUCGGAGCUCAGAGAGUAUGUGAAGCUGGAGGGUGAAGUUCAUGGACGUCUGAUCACUCUGGUGGAGCUUCCAGCUCUUACUCAGCUCUCAAAAGUGGAAGUGAUGCAUCAGACUCUUCAGUGUGUGACUCUAUGUGAUCCUGGAGUUCAUGUGUUCCUCUUCAUUAUUUCUGAUGGUCCACUUACUGAUGAAGACAAAAGAGAAACAGAGGAGAUCCAGAAAAUAUUCAGCUCAAAGAUCAACAACCACAUCAUGGUCCUCAUAAUCCAGAAGUCAGAACAUGAGACAGCAGAACUGAAUGAAGAAAUGAAGUCUCUCAUUGAUUUUUUUGGUGGAAGACACAAUUUCCUUGGUCCAAACCCAGAGCUGUCCAUGUUGGUGACAAAACUGGAGCAGAUGGUGCAAGAAAAUAGCAGAAGCUGUUACUCCACAAAAACAUUUUUAGAUGAACAAAUAAAAAAAAUUGAAGAAAUGAGGAAGAAAAUAAACUUUUUAGAGAAACAGAUUGACCAACAAGAUUCAACAGAGGCUUCAGAUGAUCUGAGGAUUGUCCUGCUGGGAAAAACUGGAGUUGGGAAGAGUGCAACUGGAAACACCAUCUUAGGGAGAAAAAUAUUUAAAGAAGACAUGUCUUAUGAUUCAGUUACUAAAGAAUGUCAGAGAGAGACAGCUGAAAUCAAUGGCAGAACUAUUACUGUAAUUGACACUCCAGGACUGUUUGAUACUAAACUCAGUCAAGAAGAGAUCCAGAGAGAAAUCACCAACUGUAUCUCAAUGAUUCUGCCAGGACCACAUGUGUUUCUCUUAUUGAUACCAGUGGGACGUUUCACUCAGGAGGAGGAAAACACUGUGAAGAUCAUUCAAGAGACUUUUGGUGAAAACUCAUUAAUGUACACCAUGGUGCUCUUCACCAGAGGAGAUGAUCUGAAGAAUAAGACCAUUGAAGAGUACCUGGGUAAAUCAAGAUCUGCUUUGAUAAAGCUCAUUGAACAGUGUGGAAACAGAUACCAUGUGUUCAAUAAUAAUGAGACUGGAGACCGUAUGCAGGUGUCUGAACUACUGCAGAAAAUCAAUGACAUGGUCACAGCAAAUGGAGGGAGUUACUACACAUGUAAGAUGUUCAGACAGAUGGAAAGAGAAAAACAAGAAGCACAAAUGAAGAUGCUAAUGGACGAAGUGGAGGAACUGAACAGAGAGAGAGAAGAACUCCUGAUCAAACAUGAAGAAGAAAAAGAGAGAAUGAAGAUGGAGGAAGAAAGACAGAAUCAUGACAAAGAGAGAAGAACAAGAGAAGCACACUACAAAUGAAAACAAGAGAAAUGGGAGAAAAAGAUACAAGAGGAUAGACAGAGAACGGAGGAAGAAUUUGAGAGAAAGAGAGAAAAGGAACAAAAUAUGUGGGAUGAAUGUUAUCAGAGACUUAAAAGAGAGAGCGAAGAAGUCAAAAUGGAGAUGGCAAAAAAAGAAAGAGAAAAAGAAGAUAUACAGGCCAAACAUGUAGCAGAAAGGGACAAAAUGAAGAUGAAGAUGGAGGA